GAACCACGAGAUUAUCAGGUUGGAAGAGGACGUUAACAAAUGCCUGGACGAUUUGAAUAAACAUCUGCUGGAUAUUGAUAGGGCGGAGAAUGUGCGGAAGGCGGAGAAUGUGCGGAAGUCGGAGGAUGAAGUCGAAAAACUCGUUUGGGAAUUGCAGAACUACCAUCGUUAAUAAUCUCGAAGACUUCGAUAAUAAAACAGAAGUCCUUCACAAGCCUCAAUUGAAAGAAGAAAAUAUACACGAUGAUGAAUCAAAAGAUGAGCUAGAUCCAGGUGAGCCUCCGCCUCAACUCACCCAUAAUAGUAUUAGCCCAUCUAGAGGACAUGCAAAGCAGCUUCGAUAUAAGUGCCAUUUGUGUGAAGCACCAGACUGUUCUAAUCCAAGUGUAUGUAUUGAUGCCAUUCAGUGUUGGAAAUCGCGAGUGCGUGAAAGUACUGGCGAAGAAAGUGUCUCUCGUGGUUGCACCACAAACGCUGAUCAGUUACCUUUGAUGUGUCGGACCCCUGCAUUUGUUGCCCAACACAAAAGACAUGCUGUGGGUCAAUAUCAUAUGAGAUGUUGUGUGGGAGAUUUCUGCAAUAAUGGUCCCUUUCCUGACUUGCCCCCUCUUUAUACAUCAGACAUGAAUUCAUACUCAAAUACAUUAAAUUACAUUUUGAAACUUGUACUUGCAGUACUAGCCCCAGUAUUAAUAUUAGGUGUGUUGGGAGCAAUUGUUUUGUCAAUUAUGAGGAAAAUUCACAGACAUAGACUUCGUUGUCAAUCUAAACAAGAUCCUGAAACAUACUAUGCAACAGAUGAUUUGUUAAGAGCCACUGCUGCAGGAGAUAGUACAUUAAGAGAAUAUCUAGAACAUUCAUUUACUUCAGGAAGUGGUUCGGGAUUACCAUUAUUAAUACAAAGGACACUGGCCAAACAAAUUUCUAUUAUUGAAUGUAUAGGAAAAGGGCGUUAUGGUGAGGUUUGGAGAGGUAUUUGGCACGGGGAGAAUGUUGCAGUUAAAAUAUUCUUCUCAAGAGAUGAAGCCAGUUGGAUCCGAGAAACUGAAAUUUACAGUACAAUUUUGCUUCGGCAUGAUAACAUAUUGGGUUACAUUGGAUCAGAUAUGACAUCAAGGAACUCAUGUACACAACUGUGGCUUGUUACUCACUUUCACUCAUUUGGAAGUCUGUAUGAUUAUUUGAAUAGGACAACAUUGACACACCAACAACUACUUAGAAUUUGUAUAUCCAUAGCAAAUGGUCUUGUGCACCUUCACAGUGAAAUAUUUGGCACACAAGGAAAGCCAGCGAUAGCGCACAGAGAUAUUAAAAGUAAAAACAUAUUAGUGAAAAGCAAUGGUAUUUGCUGCAUAGCAGAUUUUGGUUUGGCUGUGACUCAUGUGCAAUCAACUGAUCAAUUGGACCUAGGUUCAAAUCCACGAGUGGGCACAAAACGUUAUAUGAGUCCGGAAGUUUUAGACGAAUCAAUACGAAUGGAAUGCUUUGACUCGUUUCGUCGUGUGGAUAUUUAUGCAUUGGGUUUGGUGUUUUGGGAGGUUUGCAAAAGAACGGUAAGUAAUGGUAUAGCCGAAGAAUAUAAACCGCCAUUUUACGACGUUGUUCCGAGCGAUCCCAGCUUCGAAGACAUGAGAAAAGUAGUCUGCAUCGACCAGCAAAGGCCUUUUGUUCCCAACAGAUGGAGCAGUGAUCCUAUAUUAAGCGGAAUGUCGAAAUUGAUGAGAGAAUGCUGGCAUCAGAAUCCUAAUGUUCGACUACCCGCCCUUAGAAUAAAGAAAACAUUGUUGAAACUUGUUGAUUCUGACUGUGCUGUUAACAUUGACGAAAUGGAAGUGUGUGUCUGAAAGGAUCGUUGUAUGCAUGCACGUAUGUAUUUUUCUUGAUUGUUAGUUAUUAUUAUUAAGUUACUUUUAUAGUAACUAAGGAUGUGUAAAUAUUUAGCGAUGUAUUUCAAAAUGCUGAUUGAUAUUACAGUUCGUUAAAAUAAUUUACAUAAUUUGUUACGUAUUAGAGUAGGUACAAAAUAACAUCUAGGUUUUAAUUAAUAAUCGAUUUAAUUUUCCUUUUAUCAACAUGUGCCAAGUGAAUAGUUAAUUAUUAGGCUAAAUUACUUUAAACUUGAGAUUUUUAUUUUUUAAAAACAAAGUACAUAUUAGCGUAUACAUAUUUUUGUUUAAGACUAUUUUUAUACAUAUCCUACAUUUACAUAAAAGACUAAAAGCAUGCAGUAGUCGAUAUAUUUUUUAGUUUUUAUUUUUAGUUUUUUAGUGUACCUAGCGAUUUAUUAUUACUUUUAAAAGGUCUUUUAUUCCUUUAAAGGGUCUUCUAUUUAUUGUGUUAAAAAAUGUAUCUGAACAUUUUAAUCAUGUAAAGUACAAAUUAAUAUUUCUCAUACGAUAUAUUAAAAAUCAUUGUAAAUAUGUAGGAAUUAGAAAUUCACCAAACAUUGACUUUCAAAAUACAUGAUCUCUAUUUUUGUUGAUUAAACACUUUUUCAGGUACAUUAGCAUGUAAUUAUGCCGGUUUAAUUAAUUUAAUAAUUUUUGUCUGAAAUAUCAGUAUAUAUCAUAUCAGUUUAUAGAAAAAAGUAGCUUUAGUAAAAUGUAUGUUCAAAAUAAGGGGACGAAUUGGUAAUUUUUCUCAAGUUUAAAGUAAUUCUAUUAAAAUCUAUUAAGAAGAAAGACGUAAAAAAGUUUUUUGUCUUUAUUAAUUUUUAGCUAUAAAAAGAAAUUAGUUUAUGAAAUGAGUGAAACAGUAAUGUACAAAAUUUUACCUA